UAUAAAUUCCCCUAUUUUUUUCAUUCCUAAACAACUAUAUAAGCCUUAAACCCCCGUCUUCCCAACUCGAUCGGCCGUCCUCCAAUCUUCCAUCCCCAGCCCUAAUGGAUCCCUCUGAUUUCCUACAAUUCUCCCGCAAUCCCGACGGUUCCCUCUUCCGCCGCCAAGUCUUCCCACUCUUAGAACCCACCAACACCACCGACGCCGCCGCUGGCGGCCACCCUGCCGCCGUCCUCUCUAAAGACAUCCCCCUCAACCCUUCCCUAAACACCUCCCUCCGCCUCUUCCUCCCAUCCUCCUCCCCAACCAAACUCCCACUCCUCCUCUUCUUCCACGCCGGCGGCUUCAUCCUCUUCAAUCCCGCAACAAGCAUCAAUCACACUUUCUGCGAACGCCUCGCCGCCUCCCUCCCCGCACUCGUCAACUCCCUCCAUCACCGCCCCGGGCUCGGCGACCACGCCGAUUUCACCCGCUGCUUCCUCGCCGGCAGCAGCGCAGGCGGCAACAUCGCAUACCACGCAGCGCUUCGUGCCCGGGAGCUUGAUCUCGGCCCGAUCAAGCUCUCCGGACUGAUUUUGAACCAGCCUUUUUUCGGAGGGGAGGAGAGGACGGAAUCAGAGUUGAGGUUCGGUGGGGUGGAGUCUUCCCUGCCGUUAGCGGCGGCGGGUUUGAUGGGGGGGGUUGGGUGGGUGGGGGUGGAGCCUCCCCUGCCGUUAGCGGCGGCGGAUUUGAUGUGGGAGUUUGCGUUGCCGGAAGGAGCGGAUAGGGAUCACGAGUACUGCAAUGUGGGGGCGGCGAUGAAGGAGAAGGGGGAGGAGCGGGUGAAGGGGCUGCCGAGGUGUUUGAUGCUUGGGUUCGCCGGAGAUCCGCUGGUGAAUCGGCAAAGGGAGGUGGCGGAGAUGCUUGUGAGGGGUGGGAUAGAGGUGGUGGUAAGGAUAGAGGAAGGGGGAUUUCAUGGUGCGGAUAUUGUGGAGCCGGGGAGGAUUGAGGUUAUGUUUGACAGAGUCAGAGAGUUCGUGAAUUGCGGCGGAGAUUAAGCGGGAUUCACCUCAUUAUGGAUGUGUAUAUAUAAAAAUGAUCAUCAUGUACGGAGAGUCAAUCUGAUUUUGAACUCAAGCUCUCCCUCAGCCAUCUCACUUCAAUCGAUCGACCAAACUCUUGUCUUCACCAAGCCGGAAUCAAAUGAGGGACUUUUCUCCCCUCCCACUGACGAAAGACUUUUAGCAGAACAUAUCAAUACAAAACACUAAAAUAUAUAGUACAACCCUUUAAAAUUAAGGAUAAUAUUGUAUUUUACUUUUUGACCUUCAUAUCAUAUAUACAUAGGAAUGUC